AAAAAUCCAAACCGAUGAAGCUGUCGAUCAAUCUGAGGUCUCUUUGCUCACCAAUGGACUUUGUGUUCAGACAACCAGACCGAAUCUAAUCUGAACUGGAACUACGGUGGAGGCAAAGUCAACGGAAAGAAACAAGUACUAGUAUAAAGUCAGAAUGUCAAAUAAAACCCCCUUUUCCAAUCUUUACCCCUAAAACGACGAUUCUCCUGAAACCCUAAUUUUCCAAAAACCAAUCCGAUCUGAGAAGCUAUGGACGCCAUCGAUUCCGCAAUCGACCCACUCAGAGAUUUCGCUAAGAGCAGUGUCCGUCUCGUCCAGCGUUGUCACAAGCCCGAUCGCAAGGAAUUCACCAAGGUUGCUGUUCGUACGGCGAUUGGAUUUGUGGUGAUGGGAUUCGUUGGGUUCUUCGUGAAGCUCGUUUUCAUCCCAAUCAACAACAUCAUCGUUGGAACUUCUUAGGAAUACUUUUUUUACAAGGCAAUGCGCGGAGGAGUAGGAGAAGAAGAAGAAGGAAAGAGACUGCAAAAGCUGUUCUGUCUUCUCUGUUUUUGUAGGUCACAUUUUCUCCCUUGUGGCCAAGUUUUCUGUUCUUGAUACAUUUUCACAUUUCUUUUGCUCUUCUCUUUUGUUAUUCCUUGACUUUAUAAAAUUUUACUUAAUCUUGAUUUAUGUAUUCAAAGUAUAUUGUCCUCAAGAAAUCUAAGCCAUCAAAACUAUAUGAUUGUGCUAUUCCUUGAUCCAACUUACAGAGCUAAGAUUCAGA